AUGUUCGAAAAUCUAACCGAUAAGUUGACAGGUAUAUUCAAUCGCCUGUCCAGCAAGGGUCGUUUGACCGAAAAGGAUAUUGACGAAGCCCUGGCGCAGGUGCGGCGUUCUUUGCUUGAGGCCGACGUCAACUUUCGGGUCGCCCGGGAUUUUGUAGCCAAGGUGAAAGAGCGUUCUCUAGGGGCGGAUGUACUCGAGAGCCUGAGCCCUGGGCAGCAGGUCGUCAAGAUAGUUCACGAAGAGCUUACGGAAAUCCUUAGCGGUGGCGACCACCGACUAACCCCUUCCAGCCAACUCCCUUCAGUAUUGAUGCUGGUUGGCCUCCAGGGUUCUGGAAAGACAACAACGGCUGCAAAACUGGCCUUGCAACUGCGGCGGCAAGGGCACAGCUCAAUUCUGAUCGCCGCUGACUUACGACGACCGGCGGCCAUUUCCCAACUCCAGACCCUGGGCCGACAAUUAGAGGUGCCCGUAUACUCUGAAGAACCCCAGUCCUCCACAGUGACCCAAGUGGUAAAGAAUGGUGUGGAACGGGCCCGGCAACAAGGUCUCACCUGGGCCAUAAUUGAUACCGGCGGCCGUCUUCACAUUGACGAUGAGUUGAUGCAGGAGUUGGAAGACGUCAAGGCGGUGGCCCAACCCCAUGAGACCCUGCUGGUCGUGGACGCCAUGACCGGUCAGGAUGCGGUAAACGCUGCGCAGGAGUUCAACGACCGCGUUGGGUUGACCGGCCUGGUCAUGACCAAGAUGGAUGGCGAUGCCAGGGGAGGCGCGGCCCUGUCGGUAACCAGGGUCACCGGUGUGCCCAUAAAAUUUAUGGGUGUUGGUGAAAGGUCUGAUGGCCUGGAAGCAUAUCACCCGGACCGGUUGGCCUCACGUAUUCUGGCGAUGGGCGAUGUCCUGACCCUGAUCGAGAAGGCCCAGGAGGCUGUCGACGAAAAGCAGGCCAAAGAGCUGGAGAGGAAAUUCCGUCAGGCCACAUUCGACCUGGAAGAUUUCCUCGAGCAGAUCCAGAGUGUCAAGAAAAUGGGGUCACUCAGCCAGAUCAUGGAAAUGAUCCCCGGCAUGAACAACAUGUCCAGGAAGAUGCCUGCCGACUUUGACGACAACCAAAUUAAGCGGGUCGAGGCUAUCAUUCGGUCCAUGACGGCGGAAGAAAGAAGACGCCCCGACAUUCUCAACGGAAGCCGACGCCGGCGCAUUGCCCGGGGCAGCGGUACUACCCCCCAGGACAUUAAUCGCUUGAUGAACCAGUUCAAGCAGACGCAGAAGUUGAUGCGCCAGUUUUCCCGAACCCGCAACCCUAAGAGCCUGAUGAGAAUGUUCCAAUAG